GCUCAGCUCGCGGCUCAGUGCAGGAUCGCUCGUAUCCGCGCGCUGCCUCAGCUGUGGAGUUACGUGCGCGCACCGUCGUGCUUUGAAAUCAUACUAUAGUCUGGUUACACAGAAAGAGAACUAGAUGAGUCUCCCGGAUGUCCGUUUAAAAAGAGAAGCCGCGAAGCCUUUCCCUCGCCUCUGUGGGAAUUAUUUGGGCAGCAUUCCGUCUUGACAAAGUUUGUCUCCCCCCCCUCCCUUCCCCCUGCGCAGGCCCACAUGGACGCGCACGAAGGGUCCGAGCACGGCGAGAACGUGCUGGAUCUGUCGCGACUCGACCUGGACAAGCUGAACGUGGAGACGGUGAGCGAGGAGCGCCGGAAGGAGACGCGCGUGCUGUACCUGACCUUCAACAGGCUCGUGGUGCUGCCCGCCUCCAUCUCGCUCUUCUCCAGCCUCGAGUUUCUGGACGUCAGCAGUAACGGGCUGGCCGUGGUCUGCGAGGACAUCACCCGCCUGAGGAGGCUGAAGACGCUCAUAGCCAAGAACAACCGGCUGGACGAGUGUUCGCUGCCCAAGGAGCUGGGCUCCAUGCGCAUCGAGGUGCUGAACCUCAGCGGCAACAGGUUCGAGGAGGUGCCCGCACAGUGCCUCAAGCUGCAGCGCCUGCGCUCCCUGUCGCUCGGGGGGAACCGGCUGAAGACGAUCCCCGCGGAGAUAGAGAACCUGAGGAGCCUGGAGACGCUGUACCUGGGCGGAAACCACAUUGGCGACAUCCCUCUAGAGCUGGCCAACCUGCCAAACCUGAGCUACCUGGUGCUGUGUGACAACCGCAUCCAGAGCAUCCCACCCCAGCUAACCAGGCUUCACUCCCUACGUUCCCUGAGCCUGCACAACAACCUUCUCACCUACUUACCUCGUGAGAUCCUCAGUCUAGUUCGCCUGCAGGAGCUCAGUCUUCGUGGCAACCCGCUGGUGGUGCGCUUUGUUAAGGACAUGACCUAUGACCCCCCAUCCUUGUUGGAACUCGCUGGACGUGCCAUCAAGUCCAAAAAUCUGCCCUACAGCCUCUUCGACCUGCCUGCCAACUUGGUGCGCUAUCUGGACAUGGCCAGCAAGUGCCCAAACCCAAAAUGUGCAGGAGUGUAUUUCGACUCUUGCGUGCGGCACAUCAAAUUUGUGGACUUCUGUGGAAAAUACCGGCUACCCCUAAUGCACUACCUGUGCUCCCCCGAGUGCUCAUCCCCCUGCAGCUCCAACCCACAGAGCGAUGCCGACUCUGAGGACGAGAGCAGCGUGCCUGCCGAUCGGCUGCAGAGGGUGCUGCUGGGAUAGAGCGAAGGGGAGGAGCCUCAAAAGCAGCCAGUCACAGUCAGAGUGCGUGAACCCAUAAGGACUGAAGUAACUGGGUUUCUUUUACAUGGAGGAAUGGCUCCAUGAUGCAAAGUACAGCAGAAUAUUUAUUUUUAAAUUGGUUUUGUAAUUAAAGUCAUGAAGGAUUGACGUAAAUGUGUCUGGCAAAUCUGGUGUUCAAAACGCACAUUUAUCUGAGAAAUUCAUUGCUAAUUUAUACCCUUUAUUGGUCUGGUAUUCACAGAUGUAGCAUGUACAUGUAGUUUAUUUUAUAAUAAAACAAGGGGAACAGAGUAUAGCAUAUUGCUUUAAUGUAUCCGUAAGAUCCACUGAAUUAAAACAUAGUGCUGCAGUUAUAACCCUUUUUUUCUUUAAAGAGUUUAAUUAGAAAUUUAAAUGAUACAAGUGCCUAUAAGCAAAAGUUCUGCACUUUUCAAGCAAUCAAGCUUUUUACUUUCUGAAAUUGUUCAGUAGUUGGGAUUCUUGGUUUAGGAAGGUAAAGCUGUAAUAUAUGUUUAUGCAUUAAGUCAAAACUAUCAGGAAACAGUAACAGAAAUUAAUUGCUUCUAUUAGAAUUAUUUCUGCUUGCUUACAUAAAAUUAUAUAAAUUUCAUAUGUAUAUUUUCUAUUAAUAAGGAUAUUUGUAAUGUUAUGAACUGACAAUAAUGUUACAUUUAAAAAAACUUACUGAUCUACUGAAAAUUGGACAUUUUUGUUUUGCUCUUACUGUGAACAACUGCUGUUUUCAGUCCAGUUGCAUGUCCAGGGUGCGGCUGUAGGAACUCAUAGUUAUUUUGAGAUCCCUGUUUUGGAAGUUGGUCUUGCUGUACAGAAUGGGAAGACCAGCUGACCCACUUGGCGCAUGCUUUCACAGAAAGUAAAUGAUCUCUACUUUGCUGGCUUGUAUGCCUUGGAGCUGGGGACAGGAAUCUGUGCUUACAUCUUGCUUUUAUUUUUAAUUCACCCAAGGUGCCUGCCAGUAGUUUUCGUGGUGGCUUUCAUAGCUGCCUGAAAUAUACUGUUAGAGAGUUUCAACAUCCAGCAUGUGAUUUUUGUUCAUUGUGUCAUGCAGCUCUUAAACAGCCAAAUCUGGUUUAGGUUUAACUGACCAUUGUCAGGGGGGCACGGUGGUGCAGCAGGUUUGGCCAGGGCCCACUGUAUGGUGAGCCUGCGGUUCAAGUC